CGGUUCUUUUAUUAUCUGUGGCGCGCGCAAACAUUUCAGUUCAGCUUCAGACUCCGCGAGAGACACACGUCUUUAACGUUCGAUCAAAUCUACAACUUUAUCGAUAUCGAACACGAUACCGAACAUUGACAUAGCUUUUUUUUGGAAGUGAAUUUAAAAUUGAAUUGUUAUUGGUGAAUAAGAUGAAGGUUCUUGUUGACGACAAAGUGUCGUGUGUGGGAGAGGAACCGCGGGUGGAGGAGGAAACACAGAAAUUGACCAAGGAGGAAUUAAACAGAGGCUGUCCCCUGGGCGUGUCCCGCGUCACAACAUCCGUGUUCGUAUGUGGUGCGCACGCGCUGCCCGGCGCGGUGGCGGCGCUGCGGCCCGGGCUCGUGGUGAGCGCGGCGCCGGAGCUCCCACCCUUUGAGGGCGCGCCGCUGCACUGCGUGCCGCUGCUCGACACCCUGCAUUCUGACAUGCACCCGUAUAUGGAGAGGGUUGCUGAUCUGAUUAAUGAGGUCGUAUCACGAGGAGAAGUCGUGUUGGUGCACUGCGUCGCUGGCGUGUCCAGAUCUGUCACGCUGUGUUUAGCUUACCUGAUCAAGUGGGAGAAGAUGACACUGCGGGACGCCUACCACCAUAUGAAACUUAGACGACCGCAAAUUCGGCCGAACACCGGAUUCUUCAAACAGCUGAUCAAGUACGAAGAGAGGUUGUUCGGCGUGCCCUCAGUCAAGAUGGUGUACUGUGAGGCCAUCGACAAGGAGAUCCCGGACGUGUACGAACCGGACUAUAGAGGCAUGAUGUGGUUCCGGAAGAGAUAUGGUCCGAUCGAGAAGUGCUAACUAGUGACUGAACAAGUAUGACUGCGUAUUUAACAAGGUACUAGUGGUUUUUCGGCAUCAGAAACUGAAGUUUAGAGGUGAUUUUCUUCACCUAUUCUUGGUUUAUUAACUUCACGAUUUGAUUUACCAGUAUUCAGAUCUAUUUAUUUAUAUUAAUUCUUCCGUUCUUUUUUUCUAAUUUUCAGUCUUACUCUUGGGGAAUAAUUACUAGUAUCUUGGUAAAGUGACUGUAUAGAUCUAAAUAGGAACUCUGAAAGAGAUCGUAUGAAGUGAUACAAGACUGAACGAAUGAAUGUUUUCGGAUGUGCUAGGAGAGGUUUGAAAGACUGGAGGAGUAAUUUCUUAAGAAUUUCUGUCGAUAUAAUUUUAAGUAGGUAAUUAAGUUAAAAUGUCUCGUAUAAUAAGGAACUGUAAGUAUCAUAUUUAUUGAGGAAAAACGAAAUUUUGUUUUACGGUGUCCGUAAUUCAAUCAACAACAUUUUCAAAACUGUUUUCAAAUAUCUACCAACUCACCAUAUGAUGAUUAAUGACUAUUAUGACAAUAAUAAUGAAAUAGUAAAAUUAUAAUAGACGGAACUUCAUUUCUUCACGUGUAAAACUGCAAUUGUUUUUAGGCUCUUAAGAUCUGUUAUGAGUAAAUUAAUAUUUAUAUGUAAUGAUUUUGGCAAAUAACGUGCAAAUAGCUUGAGCUUUUGAAGUAGGAGCAUCACAGUCAAUUCAAAGCAAUGUGAUAUGUAAUUGUUAUGUUAUAUUAGUCAAGUAAGUUAUUUAUUUGUGUUUAAUUUAUUGGGACCAAAAUAAAUAAGUCAUGAAUUUUCA